UUAGCCUGAAACGCAACGAAUAUUAAAACAGAUAGAGAAAUUUAAAGAAAAAAGGAAAAAAGAAGAAGGAUUAAAAUAUUUCUAACAAACGAAAACGACUAAAAGUCUAAUUAAAUCAAAGUGAAUUCCGCAUCGACGAAUAAGGCAAAAAAAAAAAUUCCGACAUAAUCAAAAGUGUGUAACGGAUAAAGAAAAGAAAGAAAAAAAAAAAAAAAAAAAUUCAUCCUUUCUCCAAGUGCGCGCGAAGAAAGCAAGGAUCGAACGAUGUUUCGAUAAUCGUUCGUCCGUUCGUUAAUUCCAACCGAUAAUUCGAAUUCGAGUGUGUCGAUAUCGUGAAAUCACGAAUUUCCACGAGGUAUAUACACCUAAUAUAAACGAAUAAAAGUGAAACCAUGUCGACGCAGGCUUACUACAAGGAGCGUCUCGGCUUUGAUCCUGCGGACACGAUAGCCGAGCAUCAUCGCGAGCAGCGCUCCCAGCACGGCUACGAGGAAUCCUUGUCAAAGUUCAAAGAUGAACGGGACGCCAUCCAGAAGAAGACCUUCACGAAAUGGGUGAACAAACACUUGAAAAAGCAUUGGAAAUAUGUCAAGACUUACACGUGUCUCCACGUGUGCGUCAUCGUGAACAAUCAACCAUGCUGUUCCCCCACUGCAAGCAGACACGUUGGCGAUCUGUUCGAGGAUCUGCGAGAUGGACACAAUCUCAUUUCCCUCCUGGAGGUACUUUCAGGCGAGCACCUUCCGAGGGAAAGGGGACGAAUGCGAUUCCACAUGCUUCAAAAUGUACAGAUGGCCCUCGAUUUUCUGCGAUACAAAAAGAUCAAACUCGUCAACAUACGAGCGGAGGAUAUCGUUGACGGAAAUCCGAAACUCACGCUGGGACUCAUAUGGACCAUCAUCCUCCACUUCCAGAUAUCGGACAUCGUCGUUGGCCAGGAACCGAACGUAACAGCACGCGAAGCUCUCCUGAGAUGGGCCCGUCGUUCUACAGCCCGUUACCCGGGGGUCCGUGUUUCGGACUUCACGGGUUCCUGGCGGGACGGUCUUGCCUUCAGUGCACUUCUGCAUCGCAACAGGCCAGACCUCGUCGAUUGGCGAAAUGCCAGGUCCAGCCAGGCCCGCGAACGUCUCGACAGGGUUUUCCACAUCGCUGAGCGCGAGUACGGCGUUACCAGGCUUCUCGAUCCCGAAGACGUUGAUACCCCCGAACCGGACGAGAAGUCUCUGAUAACGUAUAUCUCGUCGCUCUACGAUGUGUUUCCUGAACCGCCACCGAUUCAUCCGCUGUACGAUGCCGAGGCCCAGCGGCGAUCCGCCGAAUACAGGGAAUUGGCGACGUCCCUUCACUUGUGGAUUCGCGAAAAAAUGGCACUUAUGCAGGAGCGUUCAUUCCCCCCGACGCUUAUCGAAAUGAAAAAACUUGCCGCCGAUAGUGCCAAGUUCAAGAACGAGGAAGUACCACCGAGGUACAGGGAUAAACAGAGGUUGGCCCACAUAUUCAGAGAUCUUCAGAAGUACUUCGAGGCUGUGGGUGAGGUCGAUAUGGAACCCGAACUUCAUAUCGAAGUUAUCGAAAAGAAUUGGAACAGGCUGAUGAUGCUUCAUCAGGAGCGAGACCAAGCUAUUAUCGACGAAAUCAAGCGCCUGGAACGCUUGCAGCGUCUCGCAGAGAAGGUUCACCGUGAAAUGAAAUCAACGGAUAAUCGUUUGGAAGAGCUUGAAAGACGAGUGGAUGACGAAGCUCGUCAUUUGGACCGAUUGCAUCCGUUGGAAGCCAAACAUGCCGUUGACCUGCUGGAACAGGACAUACGCAAUACAGAGACACAGAUUCAAAAUAUAUUUACCGACGUUCACACUCUCACAGAAGGCAGAUAUAGUCAGGCUCCUGAACUCCAUAAAAGAGUACAGAAACUUCACCAACGUUGGGUAGCUUUACGGUCGCUACUCCACAAGCGUUUGGUAGCACCGCUAUCCGUCAUUUCGUUUCCCGUUGAGGAACGAGUCGUUACCAAGCACCGUACUACCGUCCAUGAAACUCGAUUGGUUGAUACCAAUCCACAUUUCCGUAAUCUACACGAUUGUAUCGAUUGGUGUAAAACUAAACUGAAGCAACUACAAGAAGCUGAUUACGGAUCCGAUCUUCCCAGCGUCCAAAAUGAACUAGACAUUCACCAGAGGGAACAUAAAAACAUUGAGCAGUUUUAUUCAAAAGUCGAAAAAUGUCUGCAGGCCAAAAACAAUUUCCAUGGCGAUGAGCUCGCCCUUUACAGCCAGCAUUUGAGCACUCUUCAGAAACUCUAUACUGAACUUUUGACCACUUCGAAUAAGAGACUCUCAGAUUUGGAUAUUCUACAAGAUUUCAUACAGUCUGCUACUGGAGAACUUGUAUGGUUGAAUGCCAAGGAGGAAACCGAAGUAACGAGAGAUUGGAGCGACAAGAGUUUGAAUGUGCAAAGCAUUGAACAAUAUUACGAACGUACAUAUGGGUCAGGAAUUGAGUCCCUGAUGAGCGACUUGGAGAAACGUGAGAUUCAGUUCUCCGCUGUACAAGAUCGAGGAGAGGCUUUAGUUCUGCAACAUCACCCUGCAGCUAAAACAAUCGAAGCAUAUAUGGCCGCAAUGCAGAGCCAAUGGGCUUGGCUGCUGCAGUUAACUCUAUGCCUUGAAGUACAUCUGCGACACGCAGCCCACAGUCAAACAUUCUUCAAAGAGGUUCAGCAGGCUGAACUAUGGAUAACGAAUCGUGAUGAAAUUCUGAAUACCGUUUAUUCGCAGUCAGACUUUUCAUUGGACGAAGGAGAACGUCUUUUGAAGGGAAUGCAAGAACUUAGGGAAGAGUUGAACAACUACGGAGAUCAUAUACAACGACUAGUCGAUCAGUCGAAGGAAAUAGUUCCCAUGAAACAGCGCAGGCAGCCGGUUGCAAGGCCAAUCCAAGUCACUGCUAUAUGCAGCUACAAACAAGUUAACAUCUCGUUUGAAAAGGGCGAACAAUGCACGUUGUAUGAUAAUUCAGGCCGAGUUAAAUGGCGCGUCAAAAAUUCUCAAGGUGUUGAGUCACCCGUACCCGGAGUUUGUUUCACGUUACCACCACCUGACAAAGAAGCUCUGGAUGCAGCCGAAAGACUGCGUCGUCAGUACGACAGAAGCGUGGCUUUGUGGCAACGAAAACAAUUGAGAUUACGGCAAAACAUGAUCUUUGCCACAAUAAAGGUUGUCAAGGGUUGGGACUUGCCUCAGUUCCUAGCCAUGGGUCAAGACCAGCGCACAGCUAUCAGAAAAGCUCUGAAUGAGGACGCGGACAAAUUGCUUUCAGAAGGCGAUCCGGCUGAUCCGCAAUUGAGGAGAUUGAGACGCGAGAUGGCCGAUGUCAAUAGGCUGUUUGACGAUUUUGAAAAACGAGCUAGGGCAGAGGAGGAAUCAAAGAAUGCGGGACGUAUAUUUAACGAUCAAGUUUCUGCUCUACAGCAGGCUCUGGAUGAGGCAGAAAGAAUCCUUAACUUGCGCAUCGCAGCUCUCUUGCCGCGAGAUCUCGAUAGUCUCGAACAUCUUGUUUUAGAACACAAAGAUUUUGAACAAAAUUUGCAACGCCAUGCACCAGAGGUUGAACAAGUGCAACAAACAUUCCGUGGAAUAACACUAAAGACAGCUGCAAUGAGGAACAAACUCGACAAUGUGAUGACAAAAUGGAAUCACCUAUGGAACCUGAGUAAUCUUUACAUAGAGCGACUUAAAUGUGUUGAAAUAGUUUUAUCCGGUCUCGAAGAAAACACAGCGGCUAUUUCAGAGUUUGAAAUCAAACUGGCAUCUUGCAGUGAAUUACCAUCUGACGUUAAAGGUCUGCAACAUGUACUUGAGAAUUUAAUGAUCCUUCAGAGUGCUAUAUCUCAGCAACAAAUACUCAUCGACCAGCUGAACGACGACGCUCAUAAUGCCCGAAGAUUGGUCGAAAAAUCACGGCCUAAUCAUCGUGGCCCACACAGUGAUAUGGAUAGGCUCGAUGCCGAAGUGAACAGGCUAAACGCAAGAUGGACAAACAUCUGCGGUCAACUCGUUGACAGACUACGAAGCGCGGAAACAGCGUAUGGUCUUGCUCAGCAGUACAAUAACUCAUAUCAGAAUGAAGUCGACUUUGUCGAUGAGGGGUAUCAAAAAUUGGAAAAUCUUGCUCCGAUCCACAAUAAAGCUCACGAGCAGCUUGAAACUACUAAGAAUUUGCUGAACAAGAUUGUGGACAGAGCUCCGGUAAUUGAGGCAGUUAAUGUAACUGGUGGUCGCUUGAUUCGCGAAGGCAAGAUAUACGCCCAGAGGCUAAGAGCAUUCAGGGAGCAGUUGGAAGAGAUUUGCCCAUCGUUGGAUGCUUCGGUGAAACGACCACGACGAGAUUCGGCCACAGUAGACAACAUUGCCCGUGAACUAGACACUCUCAACAGAAGAUACACCACUCUUCUCAGCCUUCUUCAGGAACGUGCUCGGAAGCUGGUUCUACUCUUCCCUGAUGAUUUGGCGCUGCAGCGUGUUCUUCAAGAGCAAAGACCAUUGAGGACAUUCAGGACUGAAUUCAACAUUUACGAAAGCACGUCCAGUGAAGAACGUUAUACCUCCACGACAACACACUACACGCAAUCACAGUACACGACAGAACAUCAUGAAUCAACUGCGGUUACCUCGUCAAACGAAAUUCAACUUAAAUCUAGGGAAGCACCGUCGCUUAAACGGCCACAUGGCAAUCAUAGCUUCACGACCAAUGGAGAUGCGACGAAAAUACCAGAUACUGAGACAUCAAAGUCUCAGUGGUCUGGAAGUAGUAUGCAAUUUAGCGAAAUUAGGAGUCUCAAAAGAAUACACAGGGCGGAGGAGGGAAUUGGUACUGAUAACAUAAUCGAAGCUAGGGGGAUCGUUCAUCCAGCUACUGGUGAAGUUCUCACAGUAGGAGAUGCGAUAAGUCUUAGAAUACUUGAUGUUAGGACCGGUAGGAUAGCUACAUCUCCAGAUGGUAAGACUAGUGUGCCUAUCGACGAGGCUGCUCGCGUUAAUAUCAUUGAUGCCAACCUUGCAAACAGAUUGUUAGGUCCUUGUGGCGUCACCGAAGACGGACGUAAAGUUUCACUCCUUGAGGUUAUUCAACGGGAGCUCUUUGACGCAGAAAGAGGGGAUGACAGAGUAAAGGUAACAUAUGUUGCUACUUCAGGAGUUAGCGUUGCUGAUGCGAUGAAACAGGGUUUGUUAGAUCCAGAGACUGGCCAAUUUAUAACUUUAAACGGUGAACACAUUUCCAUUGAAGAAGCAUACUCACGAGGUUAUUUGAUCAGAAUUGAUACGACGGUUAAAAUAAAACGAGGUGCGCUUGCACUAUCCGAUGCAAUCUCCCAAGGCUUGGUGGAUGACAGAACUAGUCACAUCAUUGACAGAAACACAGGGAAGGUCUAUUUCUUGGAUGAGGCAAUUGAAAGAGGUUUAAUUGACCCAGACAUCAAAGAAAUCGUCGAUACGAAGAAUGAUACAAAGCUCACAGUAUCUGAAGCUAUUGCGCAGGGUAUAUUGAAUCCUAAAUUGGGAAAAUACAUGCAUGGUGUAUCACUGGAAAAACUUUCGCUGAACGAAGCCAGGCGAAGACAAUUAAUUAUUAAACCAAUGACUUUGAAAGACUGUUGCGAUUUGGAAAUCAUUGAUGACAAAGGUAAAAUCGCGAGUCCAGCACAUCAGAGUAAGUUGGGAAUACUCGAAGCUUUAUCAAAGGGUGUUUUAGAUGCUGAUCACAUUAAAUCUAUAUCAGACACCAAAGAAAAUGAUUUGCUCACGUUAGCAGAUGCUUUGGCCAAGGGUAUUGUUUUGCCAGAGGGCAAAUUCAAAGAUAGCUCAACGGGCGAAGAAUCGACCAUUCCAGAAGCAGUUGAUCGAGGUUUAAUAACAUCUGUGGCACAAAAAUCUAUAUUCGACAUUGAUGGUUUCAAGGAUCCCAUAUCAGAAGAAUUUAUCAGCUUAAACACGGCUCUGCUGAAAGGUUUAAUCAGCCCAAAGUUUGGUGGUUCCUUUGUUAUUGACUUGAAGAGUGGAAAGACAGUUUCAAUGGAUGAAGCUAUGGGUCAAGGUCACGUGCGACCGGAAGUACUAGAAAUGUUGAACCGUGGAAUAGGCGUUACGGAUAAAGGUAGAGAAAUUAGCGUGUUAGAAGCAGUAUUACUUGGACUGUUGGAUCCAAAAUCGGGUCAAUUAUUAGAUCCUAGAAGCAAGAAACCAGUGCCUUUAGAAGAAGCAAUUAAACGUGGCCUUAUCACUCCUGAUGGUGCAGCGCUACUAGCCAGUUUGCUAAAUAUUACUGUAACAACCCAGACUGUAACGAAGACUGUCAAACGUUACGUGACCGUAACAGAAACUGGCGAGACAAUAACAAGAGAUUAUAAAAUAACUUAUGGAGAAGCGCUGAGCAAAGGUUUACUCAAUGAACAAACGGGAGAGUUCACAGAUCCUGACAAUGGUAAAGUAGUGACUAUCCAAGAAGCCAUUAAAGAAGGACUACUUAGUGAUCCAAAGUUGGAUCAGACACCAAGACAUUCCCCAAAAAGAACGAAAGAUUUUCCAGCUAAACAAAUGACGUUUGAAAGUACUGUUACUGCCAACGUAAAUACUCCGGUGCGACCUCCACGGGGUUUAUCACCUACUAAAGCUAUUGGUACUACGACAACAAUUAUCACGAGAGAAAUUCAUCCGCCACUGAAAGAGAGAUCACCAUCUCCGACUAAAAUUUCAGUAGUAACAAAAUCAAUAACUCCUCAACCAGUCUCUGCUAGUACGAGCAGUGUAACAAUUACUUCUAGCGCUACAUCUACUUCUACAAUGUCCACAGAGUGGUCUUCUCCUAGAGAAAAGUCCCCUUCGCCUGUAAAAGACUGGUCUCCAUCUCCAGCUAAAAGUAGAUCACCAUCACCGACAAAGAUGAAAACUCACAUGUCUUCUGCCAAUACCACUACUACCACAAAACGUAGAUCCCCAUCCCCCGCAAAGGUAGAAAGGAAGCCCAGCAAGGAAGAAAAGGUUAUUUCUGCGACACCCCAUUCCAAAUCCACUUACCCGGAACCUAUGGAAGUGGAAAAGUUUUCAUCAACAGUAAUCAGUACGUCAGUGAAAACACAUUCUACAGAGUUCAUUGAAAAUGAACGAGCAUCAACAGAAAGAAGAGUAUUCGAAUUGCCAACUGACGGAUGGAUGUUGUCUGAAGCUAUUGAGCAAAAGCUGUUUGAUCCAGUUACAGGUCUCUUUAUAAUUCCAGGUACGGAUAGAUUAGUUUCGUUUGAAGAGUGUGUGAAGCUUCAAAUUAUCAACCCCAGUUCCGGUGUUGUGGUAGACCCAAAUAAUGGUAGGAAGAUAUCUUUGUUAAGAAGUCUGGAGAAGAAUAUUCUAGACUCAACAGGCCAUUAUACUCAACCAUUGAAAAUUCCAAUGAAAACAGCUAUCUCUAAAAGAUUAGUUAUUUUGGAACAGAGAUCCAUGGACGCCGAUACAACCACUCACAGACUAUUUCAAAUAACUAAAGUGUCUGGUGGACCAGAUAAAGUUGCUGUAUCACAGCUUGAUGACCCAUCUCAAAUCACAGAAAUCAAAAGUACUGAAGAAUUAUCAACACUAGAACCCUUACAAGUAGCCCAGGGUAUUAUUUACGAUCCAGCUACUGCUUUGGUAAUAUUCACAGAGACAGGUAAAUCUACUACACUCCUAGGAGCUAUCACAGAAGGUGCAAUACAACCGGAAGCCAUAGUAGUUAAGCACCCACAGACAGGAAAAGAUAUUCAGAUUCAAGAAGCAAUUGCAAAGGGUAUUGUAAAUCCGGUUACAGGUGUAUAUAAAGAUGAAACCGGUAGAAGUAUAUCAAUCGCUGAUGCUGCUAAAUUUGGUGUGGUAGCAGUGUUAGGCGCACCCUUGGUUGCUGCAGCAGCAGCUGUAGAAGCUGUCAAGAAAGCCAUGGUGGAAGAUCCGAAAACCGGUGAAAAGAUUCCACGUGAAGUUGCUAUUGAACGUGGUCUGGUGUCUCCUGACAAGGUUGUAAGUAGGACGGAAAUUGUGACUACUACCGUUGUGGUGACUGAUCCAAAAACAGGUAAAGAAAUUACUGCCAAUGAAGCGAUCGAGAAAGGAAUUGUAAGCCCGGAAGAGUUGCAGAAGUUAUCAGCAGUUCCUGAUUCAACGGUAAAAGUCAAAAUCCUAGAUACUACAAGUAUUUCAUUAGAUGAUGCAGAUGACACAAGACCGUCGCCUGCGGAGAAGACACGAGGUCGUGUGACUACAGAACCGAAAUACAAAGUCACUAUUGGUAAAGCAAGAUCCUUGUCUCAGAGUCCAGAACGCGAAGCAAGACCUAUUUUGCUGCAAAAAAUGCGAAAAAAGAUUGUGAAACCAAAGGACGCUGCAGAAAGCGGCAUUAUCGAUACAAAGACUGCAGAAAUCUUGGAAAAAGCAGUAACGACUGUUGGUCAAAAUGGGGAAACUCUCACACUAACGGAAGCUAUAGAAUCAAAUAAAGUCAUUCCUGAUAGCGGUAAAAUCAUCGAUCCACAAAGAGGAGAUGUUCUCAACAUAAAAGAAGCCUUGGAACGUGGUAUAUUGGAUCCUGAAAGUGCAAAUGUGCUGGUACCAUUAGCAAGAAGCCUAUCUCUACCUGGCUUGUAUGAUCAGGGUCUUCUCGACCCUGCAGAAGGUAAAGUCAUACAUCCCGAAACCGGAGCACACUUAACACUCCAUGAAGCAAUCAUAUGUGAAAUAGUUGACCCCCUCUCCAAGCUUACACAUCUAAGUGGCGAAAAAAUCACGUUAGAGACAGCCAUUGAAAAAGACAUUGUCGAUGGAGAUAGAUCCCUUGUAAAAUUGAAAGACGGAAACAUAAAUCUCGUUAAAGCAGUUGAGAGUCAAGUAUUUGAAGUUCGCCACUCAACUAGUCCAACACAAAUACCUCCGGCCGGUAUGACAUUCCCUGUUGCACUUAAACGUGGUCUUAUUGAUCCCAAUACAAAACAAAUAAAACAUCCUAUCACUGGAAAAGUUUUACCAGUUGAGGAGGCAAUUAAAGAUAACUUUAUAAUGGCUCUUCCCUAUCCAGCAGCGCCUGAUAGUACUGACCUAGCAAAAGCCUUAGAAUCUGGUCUCAUAGACAAGGAUAAAGGUGUUUUCAUGCACCCGUCAACAGGCACUGCAAUUCCAAUUGCAGAAGCUGUUGAAUCUGGUUUACUUGUGAUCAAGCCACAAGUUGAAGGUGAAACUAUCACUGCUGUAACCGAAACCAUCACUUCAUAUCACACGAUUACGACUAAAACUAUAGAACUCUUACCUGGGUAUGUACUUUUAAGUACUACAGAAAUACAGGAUAUAAAUACUGGAGAAAUUAUUCCAAUGGAGCAAGCGAAGCAAAGAGGUAUCGUAAGGGAUGAAUCUGAAACUAAAGAACAAUUCACAACCAGGGAUAUAAAAAUGACGUUCAGUGAUGCAGUAGCUAGAGGUUUGGUUGAUAUGAAUGCGGGAACAUACACAGAUCCUGGAACUGGUACCAUCAUGCCUAUCGCAAAAGCCAUCGAAGUCGGGAUCUUGGACACGUCAUCAACAAGUGAUACUUCAGAUUCUCCAAAAAAAUCACCAAAUUCCAGUUUGACUGUGUUAGAAGCAGUUGAAACAAUCUAUGAUGAAGGUACAGGCAAAUUCAAGGAUCCAAAGACAGAGAAAACGUACAAUUUCUCGGAAGCAAUAGAGGUCGGACUUAUUGAACCAGAUUCUGUAGUUUACGACGUAAAAACAGCAGAAUCUGUCACAACUAAGGAAGCUGUUGAACGUGGUCUUCUUGACUCCAAAACUGGAAAAGUGAUAGACAAAGAUCGAGGUUCUAUUUCUGUAACCGAAGCAGCUAAGUUGGGUCUCUUGGCGAUUGUUGCUGCACCAGUUCUUGCGGGAAAAGCUAUUGUAGAUGCCGUAAAGAGUCAUCAAACUGUUGAAAAGAAACUGCCCGUCACCUCAGCAAAGGACAUUAGUCCACCCAGGGAAACAUAUCCUCGUGAUACCGUUCAGAUUGCGACUACUGGACCGGUCGAUGAAUCAGUCGAUGGUUCAGUUGAGAGGUCGCUAUCGCAGACAGUUAUAGAAGUACAGAAAAAGUCACCAGAGCGUGAGCUACCAGUCAUUGAAACAUCGCUUGGAUUAGCUCUAGAGAAUAAUCAGAUCGACCCAAGAAUAACUAGAAUCAUUAUUGGCGACCAAGAAGUUCCAUAUACUCUUCAAGAGGCUUUAGAACAGCGCAGAAUUGAACUGAGCGAAAAUAUUGUAAUAAUUAGCAAAACAUUAAUCAGACAAGUAGAAGUACGACCAAAGUUCAAAGUUACUGUAUCUAAAGAUUUGACACCACAGUUUCUUGCUGAGCAGGGUGCGUAUGAUCUCAAUACCGAUAAGUUUGUGGACCCUGAAACUGGAGAUAAAAUUUCCUUCAAUGAGUUUGUACUCGAUCUUGAGUUGCUAGAUCCUAAUAAUGUCUGGGUCAAAGAUUUGUCAAGUAAAACAGAGAAGUAUGUCACACUUAAAGAAGCUAUCGAACGACCACUGGUUGAUAGAAAUCUGGGAAAUAUGGUUGAUCCGAAAUCGGGAAAGAAAGUACCAUUCUUUGAAGCAAUUAAACUUGGUUGGAUUAUAGAAACAGAACACGUCGUAGAAGAAGAACGCCUAUCUUUGACACUACUGGAGGCAAUAGAAGCUGGUGUAUGUGAUCCGCAUAGUGGUGGACUACGAGAUCCAAGAUCUGGUGAACCCCUGACACUAGUUGAUGCAGUUGAAACUGGAUUGAUUGAUGCAGAUUCUAUUAGCAUACGAAACCCUACGACUGAUGAAAUAUUGCCUUUUGGCGAGGCUGUAGAAAGUGGUAUCGUGGAUCUGAACAGAGGUGUGAUUGUAAACGUUGAAACAAGGACAGAAAUUGAUAUCAAAGUCGCAUUUUUGAAAGGUUUUGUUGUUCCUGGGCCUCGAAAACCAAUAUCUUUAGAGGCGAUCGUACACAAGGGCAUGUAUAACCCACAAUCUGGGACUAUUAAAGAUCCUCUAACCAAACAAGAAAUUGAUAUAGAAGAAGCAGUUCGCAGAGGAAUCGUGGAUGCUUUUAUUACCGAAUGUCAAGAUACAGCAGCAGGCUCAUUCAUGUCCCUUGACGAUGCACUCACUAUCAAGCUCAUUAAUCCAAACACAGGUCGCCUACGUGAUACUAAAGCCGGAGAACUUGUACCCCUUGACACAGCACUCAACAAAGGUCUCAUUAUUACCGCACCGUUUGUGCCCACUUUGAUCGAUGUCAUUGUUCAAGAAUAUUACUCUCCAAAAACGAGUCUUGUUUUGAAUCCGAUGACCGGCGAGGAAUUGACCAUUCGACAAGCUUUAGUUAUUGGAUAUAUAGAUGGAAGAUCAAUUAAAAUUAGGGAUGAUAGAAACGAUACCGUUAUUCCUUUACAAGAUGCACAGAAGAAGAAUCUUGUAGAUUUAGAUAAGGGUAUCUUACUAUACCCGUAUUCUAUGACUCUGGACAUAGCUUUCGAAAAGGGGUAUAUUUUGUCUACAAUCAAACCGUGGACCUUGCAAGAGGCUCUGGCGCAUCAAUGUUAUGAUCCAAAGACAGGAAUCUUCACAAUUGACGGUAGCAAAUUCACGUUGGAAGAGAUGAUAGUGAAAGGAGUGAUUAGCCGUGACAGUUCGUCUAUUAAAGAUCCACGAACCGGAAAUAUAAUAUCUCUUGCUGAUGCUAUCAAACAUGGUCUUAUUGACCCGAAAUCUGGGACUGCACUAGAUCCUGUUACCGGCAUUUCGCUGACACUUAUUGAUGCUCUAGAAAGAGGCCUGAUAGUACCCGCAAAACGGAAAAUAUCGCUUCCCGAAGCAGUUUUCAAGGGAUUCUAUGAUCCCAAAACUGGUAAAUUCAGUAGUCUUGAAUCUCAUGAAAAACUUUAUACUGACCAAGCUAUCAAGAAGGGUGUCAUCGAUCCUACAUCGGCUAUUGCUCGUGAUCCAAGCGGGUAUGUAAUCACUUUCAACAAAGCCAUUGAACAGCUCAUCGUGGAUCCCAGAACUGGAACAAUAACAAACGACCAGGGGCAAAGCAUUGAUUUCCAUGAGGCUUUUGAACGAGGACUGUUGGUCGAGGCCCGACGGCCUAUGAGCCUUAGUGAAGCAAUAUCUAAAGGCAUCCUCGAUGAGGAAAAAGAUGUUUUCUUAGACCCUCAAACUGGUGCCCACUUAACUUUAAUUCAAGCAAUUCAAGAAGAUUUAAUAGAUGCCGAGUCUGUGACAGUGAAGGAUGCACGUACUGGUUUCUUGAAGAAAAUAACUUUGAAUGAAGCAAUCCAACGUGGCUGCAUUGACCGAAUUACUGGCCGAGUUAAGGACUUUACGCGAGACAAUCUAGAAAUAUCUUUGAAAGAAGCUUAUGAAGCUGGACUAAUUAUCGAUAAUAAAGCAGCAGUAUCUAUACAGCGAGCGAUACAUCAAGGAUUGUACGAUGACAAGACAAGCAAAAUUACCGAUCCGAGUACUGGCAGGGCUAUUACUUUGCAUGAAGCUAUGCGAAAAUGCGUUAUCAGCCCUACCUUGGCAUGUUAUUGGGAUAAACGAGCAGAGCGACUAUUAUCACUUGCAGAAACGUGUCGUGCUGGUGUUAUCGACAGAAGAUCUGGAGUCUUCCGGGAGCCCGGAGCAAAUUGUUCUAUUUCGUUAUCUGACGCUCUACAGGUUGGCUUAAUUGUUGACAUUGAAAGUACAGGAUUUGGAUUCUACGAAGCCAUUCUUAUGGGAAUGUAUGACAUUCCAACUGGUCGAUUUGUACAUCCAUCCAGUGCUAGAAAACUUACCUUAGCCGAAGCUUGUCAGGAAGAACUUAUUAAUCCUUUAAUUUCCGUUGUGAAGAAUACAAAGACCAAUAAAUAUAUACCUUUGGCUGAUGCUAUUACCGAUGGCCUUAUUGAUGCAGUUCGUGGUACUUAUAAUGUUCCUGAGAUCGGUAAAGUUAUAAAUCUACAAGAGGCACGUAAAAAGGGUUUUGUCGUACCUUAUAAAAAACCACUCACAGUUGAAGAAGCUGUUAAAUGUGGUUUGUAUCGUGGUGACAGCGGUAAAUUCGUUGAUCCCCUUGCUAAUGAAUUUCAUGAAAUACCACAGGCUCUUGCCAUUGGUCUAAUUGAUCCAGAGACUACUGCUCUCAAAGAUGCCACCACUGGUCAAAUCAAGUCCUUGCAAGCAGGAAUCGAAGAUGGUACGAUAGACAUAUCUAAAGGAAGAGUACUUGAUCCUAAAACAAAACGCGCGUACAACAUUGAUGUUGCACUGGAGCGUGGCUUAUUAGUGACCCUUGAUAAACCAUUGAUUCACCAGCCAGAACGCAGAACAUCAUUAGAAUUGCUGAAGGCAUCAAUGAAAGACAAAGGUGUUAGAGAAUGUACCUUGGAAGAAGCAAUCAGAUAUGAACUACUCAAUCCGGAUGCUUCUGUUGUUAAAGAUCCUAGGACUGGAAGAUUCAUUAGUGUGACCAUGGCAAUCAGCGAAAAUGUGGUUGAUCCCGCCAAAAAGGUGACAUUCGAACCUCAAGCUGGAAAAGUACCUUCCCAAUGUGUUAAAUUUGAGGAGACAGUUGUCUUUUUCAGUGAACCUCUUACGUUUGAAACAGCCGUCGAAAAAGGCUACUUGGUUCUUGAAACUGGAAGAAUGAAAGAUCCCAAGUCCAACGAAACAUUGACAUUGAAAGAAGCCGUUACCCUCGGAAUCAUAGAUCCAGAUUCAGCAUUGAUCAAAGAUCUGCAGAAGAAGAAAUUGGUCAAAUUACCCGAAGCCUUCCGUAAAGGAAUUAUGGAUAGCGAGAAGAGCAAUGUCUUAGAUACCGCGACAUCUAAGCUGUAUACAUUACCGAAAGCAGUCGAGAGUGGUCUCUUGGCAACGCCCAAGCAAGGAAUAUCAUUCAUAGAAGCGCUACAAUUCGGUCUUUAUAAUCCCACGACCGGUGGAUUUCACGACCCCUUCGUUAUUACCUCUGUACUAGAUCGUAAGCGGUUGACACUAUCAGAAGCUAUAGAAUCAGGCUUAGUUGAUCCAUCAACGACGGUAAUUAAAGACCCUGAAACUGGUAGCAUAACAAGUCUGCUAGAAGCCAUAAACUUAGGCAGGGUAGAUCCAAUAUCAGGCAGGUUUAUCGAAGGUCCUGAGAACAAGAGUCUAGACUUGGUCAAGGCAUUGGAACGGGGUUACAUUCUCGCUGCUGAAGCAAGGCAAGCGGUUGAAGAAAAGUACAAACUCUGUGAUGAGACAUUAACGAAACUUCUUCAAUGGAUAUCCGAAGUUGAAGAUAAAUUGGCCAAUCAAGAUGUUGUUAAGGAAGAUAUAGAAGACUUGAGGAAUCAAAUAAAUGUUAUGAAGCAAGUAAAAGAGGAUUUGGAGUCCCAUGUUCGUCCAGUGUCAUCAUGCGUGGAUCAAGUAAGACAAGUUGUUCUCACUGGUAGCGAUGUGCUGUCCAGUGACGAAGUCGCCACACUAGAAAAGAGCGGUCGGGCUUUGAAGACCAGGUUCGAUAGAGGAGUAGAUAGAACUGACAGACUGUUACGCCGUCUCAUGGGAGCCAGCGAUGAACUGAGCAAAUUUAAGAACGAGAUAACGAUCUUCUCCACAUGGUUGGACAAGGCACGCCGAACACUUGAAGAUAAAGAACGAUCACUUUCGAACUUGAACAAAUUGAGCAGUAGUGCUGAUCAGACCCGAGAAUUUGUUAGCGAUGUUAUCGCUCACCAAGCUGAUCUAAGAUUCAUCACAAUGGCUGCUCAGAAAUUCGUUGACGAAAGUAAAGAAUAUCUGCAAAUAUUGAAUGACUUUAGAACCAGUCUACCUCAGCGAUUGCCACACAAAGAACCAGUCAGCAGCCAGAGUUCACCUGUGCGAAGUGAAGUCUCGAUUGUUACAGCCCAGUACAAGGACUUACUUUCACGAGCUAAUGCUCUUUCUGACAGGCUUUCGGGAGUUGGAGGCCGUCAACGUGAUUAUAGAGAUGCGCUUGACAAAGCAAGGCAAUGGCUGAAAGAAGUUGAGCCUAGAAUACAUCACGUACUUUCAGAACAAGUGGCUGCUGAACCUAAACUAGUAGAAGACCAACUUAGUAAAGCAAAGUCAUUGAACAACGAAUUCCUUGCUAACGAACGCUUGGUAGACAGUGCUGAGAGCAAUUUAAAUGCACUGUUAAGAUCCCUCGAUGGUCAGCUCACACCUACUGAAGCUAACCAACUUGAGGAACCUGUUCGCGAGUUGGAAGACAAGUAUAAACAACUUGGUAGUGCUCUGGCUGAUAAAUGUCAGCAAUUGGAUACCGCUUUGGUGCAAAGCCAAGGAGUACAAGAUGCCCUGGAUGGUUUAGUUGUUUGGCUCAACAAUGCUGAGAGUCAAUUCAAAAACUUACAGAGGCCAGCUAGCCUUCAGAAAGAACGCCUCGAAGAACAACAAAAAGAUCAGCGUGUACUCCAAUCUGAUUUAGAUAGUCAUCGUCCCAGUGUUGACGCUAUAACCGCAAGUGCUCAGGAGUUACUGAUAAACUCAAGUAAUGCACGUGUUGCCAAACGUAUCGAAAGUAAACUAAAGGAUGUCCAAAAUAGAUUUGAAAAACUCAUGGAAAAAUCCAUCCGUCGUGGUGAAUUCCUUGAUGAGAUUGCUCAAGGUCUGGGUGAGUUCAACACACAGACAUCCAAGUUUGACGCAUGGUAUGCUCAUAUCAUCGAGAUGCUGGAGUCAAGAGAACUAAGCAAAUUAGGUGUGUCAGAACAUGAAAGCAGAAUGGCUCAGAUAAUUGAUAAACGUGAAGAUCAACGUGGUAAUUUCGAAGAUCUUAUUAAGAAUGGGAAGAAUUUGGUCAGUAAGAAGGAUGUUACUGAUGCAGCUCCAAUCAGGGACAAAAUCAAAGCUCUGGAGUCGCAAUGGAAGGAGUUAAACGGUCUCCUUGACGAGAAGCAGCGCCUGAGCAAAUCUCGCGCCGAGCAGCUUAAUGCUUAUGAAAAAUUACGAGAUCAAGUUAUUGACUGGCUAACUAAUACGGAAAAUAAAGUUCAGAGAUUACAACCAGUUGCAGUUGAUGUUGAUAAGCUGAAAAAACAAGCCGACGAGUUAAAGCCUAUUCAAAAAGAAUACAGGGAUUAUGGCAUUACUAUUGACAAAGUUAAUGACUUUGGAAUAUCCUAUGACAGUCUGUUGAAAGAACGAGGUGAGAGCCCAACAAGAAGACGCGGAAGCACCAGUCCGACCAAAAGACCUAGCAUUACGAGCCCACUACGUCGUACAUCACAAGACCGUCGUUCACCAUCCCCUACUAAGUCUUAUGCGGCUCAAAGUCCAGUAUCUCCAGGUGGUAGCAGUGGCUUCAGCAGUCGACGAUCUAGUCAAGAUGGUUUCCAUUUGGAGGAACUUUCACCAGUUCAACAACAGCUUUCUGAAAUUAACAAUCGUUAUAGUCUGCUUGGCGUUAGAUUGACAGACAGACAGACUGAGCUGGAUAAUCUUAAGGAAGAGCUCAGGAAACAUCUUGAUAACCUGAAAACGUUGUCCCAAUUUUUGGACAAGAUACAACGCCAGCUGCCCAAGGAAACUAUCCCAGCGACAAAAGAAGAAGCAGAUAAAACAGCUAAGCAGAUCAAAUUAGUAAUUGAAGAAAUGUAUGAGAAACAGUCUUUGUUAGACAGUACAAGAACUCAAGUCCGCGAUCUUGUGAGGCGUAAACACAACAGUGAUGGCGCAGACAAGCUUAAUGAUGAACUAGAAGAUGUAGCCAGCCGUUGGAAAUCUAUAUCAGACAGAUGCAAGGAUAGGAUUAAAUUUUUGGAGGAUAUCAAGGAAUUCCAUGACACCUACGAAGGUCUCAAUUCCUGGCUGGGCACCAAAGAAAGAAUGUUGGGUGCCUUGGGGCCAAUCUCAUCCGAUCCCAGAAUGGUUGCAAGUCAAGUACAGCAAGUUCAAGUUCUUCGCGAAGAAUUCAGAACGCAACAACCUCAACUUGAUCACUUGGCUCAAGUAGGAGACGAUGUACUAGCUAGAGUAAACCCUGAUUCCCCUGAUGGUCAGAAAAUCAAUACAAAGCUGAACAGCGUCUUACAGCGAUGGGCAGAUCAGCUUGGGCGAUUGGAUGAACGUGCCCAGAGUUUGGGUGAUGCUGUUGAUACAAGCCGCGAAUUUGACGCCAGUCUUAAUCGACUUCGUGAUGCUCUGCAAGGUAUUUCUGAUAAUCUUGACGAUCUUCCGCUCGAUAAAGAUCCUGAAGAACAAUUGCGAAAGAUUGAAAAUCUGGAACGUCAACUAGAAGGUCAAAGACCACUCUUGGCAGAUGUAGAAGCAUCAGGCGCUCAAUUAUGUGAAGUGCUGAGUGAUCCUGCUUCAAAAUCUGAAAUCCAAGGUAAACUGGCAGCUGUUGGAAAAUUGUAUAACAACCUACAAAAGAAACUAGAUCACAGAAAAGCGGAGGUUGAAGGAAACCUACGCGGAGGUAGACAGUUUGAGGCAUCUUGCAGUAAAACUCUUGGAUGGCUGGCUGAUGAACUCGGCAAUAUGUCGGAGAAACUGUUGGUAUCUGCCGAUCGAGAGAUUCUGCAGCAACAGCUUGAUCAUCACGAGCCUGUUUACCGUAAUGUGAUGAGUAAAGAACACGAGGUAAUAAUGCUACUGAACAAAGGUCGUGACAUGCUUUCACGAUCACAAAAAAGCGAAAACCGCUCGCUUCAAAGAGAUCUGGAGAAGAUGCACUCGCAAUGGGACAGGUUGAAGAAAGACACCGUCGAUAGACAAACUCGAUUGCAAACAUGUGCUGAGCAUUGCAAGAAGUAUUAUCGAGCUCAGGAUACGUUCUUGCCAUGGCUAAGACAAGCCGAAGAUAAACUUGAUAGUCUCAAGCCAGCAUCCUUCAAGCGUAAGGAUAUUGAAAAGCAGCUGAAGGAGCUGUCCUCUUUCAGAAAUGAGGUGUGGAAACGUUCAGGUGAAUUUGAGAACAACAAAACUCUGGGAGAAACAUUUGUUAGUGCCUGUGAUAUUGACAAAGACGUUGUGAAGAACGAACUGAGUGCGAUGAAAACUAGAUGGGACAAAUUGAACAAUGAUUUGCUUGAAAGAACUCAAUCCCUGGAAGACACUGCUCGCCAUCUCAACGAUUUUAGCGAAAAUUUACGCGAUCUUCAACAUGGACUGCAACGUUGCGAGGAUAAACUUGCAUCCCAUGAUGCUCUUGGCGGAGCAUCUAAAGAUCCUAAACUUCUCGAUAGGAUUAAGAAUUUACGAGAAGAAACAGCAAGUUUGAAAAAACCGUUGCAAUCAGUAAGACAGCAAGCCAAUGAUUUGGUGAAUGCUGCCGGUGAUCAGGGAGUUGAUGCAAUGCACUUACAAGAUGAAGUUGACAAUGUCACGGACCGUAUCGACGAUCUACAAGCUAAACUAGAUGACCGAUGUAGCGAACUCCAGAGUGCGGCUACAGCGGUUGCACAAUUUAAUGACCAAGUUAAGGGUGUUGUUCAAGAUUUAUCGGACCUUGAGAAGGAGUUGGAAUUGAUGAAAGCACCUGGACGAGACAUCAAAGUUGUCCGUGGGCAGAUAGAGGACGUUGGCAAACUCAUCAAUAAAAUCAAUAAAGCUACUGAUGAUGUUGCUGAUGCUGUAAGCUCUGGGGAAAGAUUAGUUGACUCUGGUUUUGCUCCUGAUACAGUUGCCACUAGAGAUCAAGUUGAAACCUUGAAACGUCAACUUGGCAAGCUUGACGAACGCGCAAGAAACAGAGAAGAGGAUCUGAACACUGCUCUAAGUAAACUCCAAGAAUUUUAUCAUGCACAUGCGGAUGUCAUGGAUGACAUCAAUGAUGCGAACGAACAAGUACGCAUGCUUAAACCUGUUGGAUCAGAAGUUGAGACCAUACGAGCCCAACAAGAAGAUUUCAGGAAUCUCAAGGCAAAUCGAAUUGAGCCAAUCGGUCAUUCGGUUGAUAAUUGUAAUCGACUCGGACAGUCACUUAUCCAAAGCGCAGGUCGUGAUGUUAACACUGGCAGUAUUGAAAAAGAUCUGGAUAAAAUGAAUGAUAAGUGGAACGAUCUAAAAGGCAAGCUUAAUGAACGAGAUCGCAAGUUGGACGUGGGUCUUCUGCAAUCUGGAAAAUUCCAAGAAGCACUGGAUGGACUAGAAAAGUGGCUUGCUGAUACUGAAGAAAUGGUUGCUAAUCAAAAGCCGCCUUCGUCCGAUUACAAGGUUGUUAAAGCACAGCUACAGGAACAAAAGUUUUUGAAGAAGAUGUUGAUGGAUCGGCAGAAUUCGAUGUCAUCACUAUUUACGAUGGGACAAGAAGUUGCUGGAGGAGCAGAUUCUAAAGAGCGCAAAGUUAUAGAAAAACAACUAAAAGAUCUCAUGGGUAGAUUUGAUAAUUUGACUGAUGGUGCUGCAGAAAGAAUGGAUGCCCUUGAACAAGCGAUGGCAGUGGCCAAGGAAUUCCAAGACAAGUUAAUACCCUUAGCUAUUUGGCUAGACAAGACCGAGAAGAAGGUGAAGGAUAUGGAACUAGUGCCAACAGAUGAAGAAAAGAUCCAACAGCGUGUGAAAGAACAUGAUACACUACACGAUGAUAUUCUAUCAAAAAAACCAGAUUUUAGUGAACUGACAGAUAUUGCAAGUAAUCUCAUGGGACUUGUCGGUGAGGACGAGGCUGCUACAUUAGCAGAUAAGCUCCAGGAUGCUGCGAAUAGAUACGCUGCUUUGGUUGAACGCUCCGAAGCACUAGGAAAUCUAUUGCAACGCUCUAGACAAGGAUUGAGACAUCUCGUCCUCACCUAUCAGGAUCUGCAAGCUUGGAUGGAAAGCAUGGAGGUUAGACUUUCAAAGUAUCGUAUAUUAGCUGUCCACACUGAGCGACUUCUACAACAGAUGGAAGACCUUGCUGAUCUCACUGAAGAAGUUUCCACACGACAGACCGAAGUUGACAGCACGGUGGAUUCUGGGCUUGAGCUUAUGAAACACAUCUCUAGUGAUGAAGCUCUCCAAUUAAAAGACAAGCUUGAUUCUUUGCAACGACGAUUCAAUGAUUUGGUGACGCGAGGUUCUGAUCUUCUGAAGCAUGCUCAAGAAGCCUUGCCUCUAGUGCAGCAAUUCCAUGAUAAUCACAACCGUCUUAUGGAUUGGAUGCAAGGAGCUGAAUCAGCACUGCAAUCUGCUGAGCCUCACGAGGAAGAAAUUAUUCGUUUAGAAAUGGAAAUAUCUGAGUACAGGUUAGUGUUGGAUAAGAUAAACACAGUUGGACCACAGCUGUGCCAGAUUUCACCUGGAGAAGGCGCAGCAACAAUCGAAGGUCUCGUGACUAGAGACAACCGGAGGUUCGAUGCUAUUGCUGAACAAAUUCAGAGGAAGGCUGAAAGGAUUCAACUAAGUAAACAGAGGUCCCUUGAAGUGAUUGGUGAUAUUGAUGACCUUUUAGACUGGUUCAGAGAAGUAGAUGGACAACUCCGAGAAGCAGAACCACCAAGUAGUGAGCCUGAAGUCAUCAGAGUACAACUCAAAGAACAUAAAGCUCUCAACGACGAUAUUUCCAGCCAAAAAGGUCGAGUCAGAGACGUUAUUUCAACAGCUAAGAAAGUCAUACGGGAGAAUACCCAGCACGAAGACACUUCGACAAUCAGAGAUAAAAUGGAAGACCUGCGAGAGACUAUGGAAAUCGUUUCUGGUCUUUCAGCUGAUAGGCUAGGUGCCUUGGAACAAGCUUUACCAUUAGCCGAGCAUCUUCGAGAUGCUCACGCCGGUUUAGUGAGUUGGUUGGAAGAAGCCGAGCAACAAGUAGCAAUGUUACCAAUGCCAGCAUUACGUCCUGAUCUAAUUGCUGUACAGCAAGACAAAAAUGAACUUCUCAUUCAAAGUAUCAACGAGCAUAAACCACUUGUAGAGAAAUUGAAUAAGACUGGGGAAGCUCUUAUCAAAUUGUGCAAUGAAGAAGAAGGGGCCAAAGUACAAGAAAUUUUGGACAAUGAUAAUGCUCGUUAUUCAGCCCUGCGUGCAGAGCUGCGUGGUCGCCAACAGACACUUGAACAAGCAUUGCAGGAGUCUUCUCAAUUCUCUGACAAACUUGAGGGUAUGCUUCGUGCACUUUCGUCAACUGCUGAUCAAGUACAUGGCGCUGAACCUGUGAGUGCUCAUCCUCCUAGACUACGCGAUCAGAUGGAUGAAAAUAACGCCGUGGCAGAUGACAUUGCUCAAAGGUCUGAAGCCUAUGCAGCGGUCAAGAAGGCUGCUGACGAUGUCAUCAACAAAGCCGGCAACAGAGCGGAUCCAGCGGUUAAAGAUAUCAAACGCAAAUUGGAAAAACUCAAUCGGCUUUGGUCUGAAGUUCAGAAAGCCACUGAAGAUCGUGGUCGAAAUUUGGAUGAAACAUUGGCUAUUGCCGAAAAGUUCUGGUCCGAGUUAAAUGGAGUAAUGGCUACAUUGCGCGAACUACAAGAUGCUCUUGCUGGCCAAGCACCUGCUGCUGUUCAACCUGCGGCAAUUCAACAGCAACAAGUGGCCCUUCAAGAAAUUCGGCAAGAAAUUGACCAGACAAAACCUGACGUCGAACAAGUCAGGGCUUCUGGACAAGAGCUGAUGGGUCUCUGUGGAGAACCUGAUAAACCUGAAGUGCGUAAACAUAUGGAAGAUCUGGAUCAAGCCUGGGACAAUGUAACUGCGCUUUACGCACGUCGUGAAGAAAACCUCAUUGAUGCUAUGGAGAAGGCGAUGGAAUUCCAUGAAACACUCCACAAUCUUCUAGAAUUCUUAGAGGAAGCUGAGGACAAAUUCGCUGCUAUGGGCACCCUGGGUAGUGACAUUGAUGAAGUUAAGAAACAGAUCAAGCAGCUUGCGGCUUUCAAAGCAGAUGUCGACCCGCAUAUGGUGAAAGUUGAAGCUCUGAAUAGAAGUCUCACAAGGCAAGCAGCGGAACUCACUGAGAGAACAUCUUCAGAACAAGCAGCUGCUAUCAAGGAACCGUUGGGUGCAGUUAAUCGUCGAUGGGACGGACUACUUCGUGGAGUUGUUGAAAGACAAAGGCUACUCGAAAAUGCAUUGCUGCGACUUGGACAAUUCCAGCAUGCCCUUGACGAGCUUCUAGUAUGGAUUGACAAAACUGAUAGAACACUGGAAGAUCUGAAACCAGUAGCUGGUGAUCCUCAAGUGAUUGAAGUUGAGUUGGCUAAACUCAAAGUUCUGGUAAAUGAUAUUCAAGCACAUCAAACGAGCGUAGACACUCUGAAUGAUGCAGGAAGACAACUUAUCGAAGAUGGUAAGGGUACUGCUGAGGCAUCCACUACAGCCGAAAAACUUGGAACCCUCAAUAGGCGUUGGCGUGACCUACUGCAACGAGCGGCGGAUCGACAAAGAGAGCUGGAAGAUGCUCUUAGAGAGGCUCAGUCCUUCACGGCUGAAAUUCAGGACCUGUUGUCAUGGUUAGGUGACGUAGAUAACAUGAUUGUAGCAUCUAAACCUGUUGGUGGUUUACCAGAGACCGCGUCAGAGCAGCUUGAGCGGUUUAUGGAAGUGUACAACGAAGUGGAACAAAAUCGACCAAAGGUAGAGACAGUUCUUCAACAAGGCCAGGAAUAUUUAAAACGCGCUGGAGCUACAAGUGCAGGUAGCUUGAAUCACAAUCUUAAAACAUUGAAACAAAGAUGGGAUAAUGUUACAGCACGUGCGAGCGAUAAAAAGAUCAAGUUGGAAAUUGCUCUUAAAGAAGCAACAGAGUUCCAUGAUGCUUUGCAGGCGUUUGUUGAUUGGCUAACAAAUGCUGAAAAAACCCUAACCAACUUGAAACCUGUAUCCAGAGUUAUGGAGACCAUUCUUGGCCAGAUUGAAGAACACAAAGCGUUCCAAAAGGACGUUGGUGUUCAUCGUGAGACUAUGUUAAACCUCGACAAAAAAGGAACUCAUCUCAAGUAUUUCUCCCAAAAGCAAGAUGUUAUUUUGAUAAAAAAUCUGUUGAUCAGUGUGCAGCAUAGGUGGGAAAGGGUUGUUUCAAAAUCUGCUGAACGUACCAGAGCCCUGGAUCAUGGCUACAAAGAAGCUAGAGAGUUCCAUGAUGCAUGGUCUAACCUAAUGAAUUGGUUAGAUGAGACUGAAAAAACCUUAGAUGAAGUAGCUGCUGAUGGUGUGGGUGGAAACGACCCAGAGAAGAUCAAAUCUCGACUGAAUAAGCAUCGUGAAGUGCAACGUGCUCUCAGCGGUAAACAGGGAGUCUAUGAUUCUACCAUGAAAAACGGUAAAACCCUGAAGGAGAAAGCACCCAAAUCCGAUGAAGCAGCUUUGAAGGAGCUUCUAAAUGAAUUGAAAAACAAAUGGACAACAGUUUGUGGAAAGAGCGUCGACAGACAAAGAAAACUUGAAGAAGCAUUGCUGUUCUCAGGACAAUUUAAAGAUGCAAUUCAAGCACUGCUUGAAUGGCUUAGAAAGGUUGAAAAGCAACUGUCAGAAACAGGUCCGCUACAUGGAGACCUUGACACGGUGACUAAUCUCUUUGAACAACAUAAAUCAUUCGAAAAAGAUUUGGCUUCACGUGCCUCUCAGAUGGAAUCGGUAAUCAGAACUGGUCAUGAUCUUGAAUCUAAGGCGACUCCGGAAGAUGCAUCAACAAUCAGGUCCCAGCUUACUGAAGUUAAUUCUCUCUGGGAUACUGUUACUCGCUUAUCUUCAAAUAAGACUUCUCGUUUAGAGGAAGCUCUUAGGGAAGCUGAACGUCUUCACAAGGCAGUUCACGUUCUUCUUGAAUGGCUGAGUGAUGCUGAAAUGAAACUUCGAUUUGCUGGGCAAUUACCCGAGGAUGAACAGGAAAGUAGGAAUCAACUAAUGGAACAUGAGAAAUUCCUUCGUGAACUUCAGUUUAAGGAAGUUGAGAAAGACGCUACUCUAGAAUUGGCUCACGUUAUUCUUGCCAAAGCUCACCCUGAUGGUGCAGCAGUAAUCAAACAUUGGAUCACAAUCAUUCAAUCCAGGUGGGAAGAAGUUUCCACAUGGGCUCACCAGAGAAACCAGAGGCUCGAGACUCACAUGCAAGGCCUACAGGAUCUUGACAACCUUUUGGAGGAGUUGCUUGAGUGGCUCGGUGGAUUAGAAAAUACAUUGAAUAUCUUGGAAGCUGAACCACUUCCUGAUGACCGUGCAACUCUAGAGGAGUUGAUCACUGAUCAUCGUGAGUUCAUGGAGAACACGAGUCGAAGGCAAAAUGAAGUCGAUCGUGUAUGCAAAGCUCGUCAGGUCAAAGCUGUUAAAGAUGGUCGUAAAUUCUCAAGACCCAAAUCAACAACACCAAGUAAGGACCACUACUACGACUACGAGUAUGAGCAACCACCACUGCGGAAGCAAAGUUUCAAAGGAAGCCGAGACCUAGUCCAGGGACCACGGCAUGGAAGCCGAGCCAGUCCAGGUCGCGAGAGAACGCCGGAUCCUUCGUUACCACACAUUGGUCCACGCUUCCCACCAAAAGGAAGUAGCAAGGCAGCUGAACCAGAGUUCCGAAGUCCAAGAGUUAAGCUUCUCUGGGAUAGAUGGCGGCAUGUCUGGAUGUUGGCGUGGGAGAGACAACGCAGACUGCAAGACAAAUAUAAUUAUAUUCAGGAACUCGAUCGUGUCACCAAUUUCAGCUGGGAUGAUUGGCGCAAGAGGUUCCUGAAAUUCAUGAACCACAAAAAAUCACGUCUCACAGAUCUGUUCAGAAAGAUGGACAAAAAUAAUGAUGGACAAAUUCCUCGUGAAGACUUCAUCCAAGGAAUUAUGAAUACUAAAUUCGAGACCUCGCGCCUGGAGAUGGGAGCUGUAGCAGAUCUUUUCGAUAGGUUCGGCAAAGGUCUGAUCGACUGGAAGGAGUUUAUUGCUGCGUUGAGACCAGACUGGGAGGAACGAAGACCUCCAAAUGAUACCGAUAAAAUUCAUGACGAAGUCAAGCGGCUCGUCAUGCUUUGCACCUGUAGACAAAAGUUCAGAGUGUUCCAAGUUGGUGAAGGAAAAUACCGGUUUGGAGACAGCCAAAAAUUACGCCUUGUCCGGAUUCUUCGUUCUACUGUUAUGGUACGAGUCGGAGGUGGUUGGGUAGCAUUGGACGAAUUCCUUGUAAAGAAUGACCCUUGUCGCGCCAAGGGAAGGACGAACAUUGAGCUACGGGAACAGUUCAUACUGGCAGAUGGCGUCAGCCAGACUAUGACGGCGUUCAGGUCCAAACCGAGUCCAACCUCGACCCUGCAACGUACGCCAAUAUCCUCUGCUGGGCCCAUAACUAAGGUGAGAGAGCGUAGUGCACGAAGUACACCUAUGGGUCAAACACGUGCAUCGAGAACUUCAUUGAGCGCUGGAACACCUGACAGUCUCAGUGACAACGAAAGCUCUUUCAGGCCGCCAGCACGUAAAACUAGUACACCUUACAGAAGUACUUUAACCCCAGGAGGAAGCCGUCCGUCAAGUAGGCCUGCAUCUCGACCAGCGAGUCGGCCGAGCAGUCGACCAGUUUCCAGACAAGGUAGCAAGCCUCCAAGCCGUUAUGGAUCAACUCAAUCCUUAGACAGUACUGAUGAAGGCACACCAAGUCGCAUUCCACGUAGAACUGUGGGUACCACAGGUAAUACGCCAACAUCGAGUCGUCACAACAGUAUUUCUGGUAGACGACUAGGGGCUCCAGUUAAUGGAUCUAGUUCACGUCCACGAACACCUACCGGCCUGAUCAGUCCCGCUGGUGGUGCAACCUCCAGGUUCGGCUCAAUGAAUCGAGCAUCGAGUAUACCAACCCUGUCUGGUGUCGGAACACCAAUUAGCCGCUCUAGGAUUCCGGUUUACGUUGGACCAGAAAUAAAAUCUCCCCAGUCUACAAUCAGCAAUAUCUCAACUCAUUCAACACAAAGCAACCAAUCCACUAUUUCUACUGAUUCCACUGGGAGCAGUUCCAUCCGUACAAGUUCAGCAACUAACAUCCCCUCGACCGUCAGGCAAACAAAUAGGACACGGACACCAUCCAGCGGCUCCAGUACGCCACUUCCGCCAACGUCAAAACUUGCUCGAAAACCAUCUGGGGCAUCGGAUACGUCUGUAUCCUCAACUCCAGGGACAAAGAAGGGUGGCAAGGUUCCAACCCCGAUUGAGCAACGGGCUCCGUUCAGGCUAUAAAAAGCAUACUUAACUGCUUAUUCUCUCUUGGAAAAAAAGAAAAAUUGUCAACAGAUUAUUAAAAACUGCCAUAUAGAGGAUAUCCGAGUUCGGUAGAACAUUUGAAAUUUAUAAACGAGCAAAAACAUCAUUACAAACGUUGCGGACCAUGAAAAAAUACAUUUAAAGUCUGUAAAAUCGGACUUUCCAUUAUAAAAAAUAAUUUUGCAAAUAUAGUGAUGAAAGAUCAUCAUAGCUCCUAAUUGCUUGCACUAUUUGUCCGCGAAGAAUUAGGGCAAAGAAAAAAAAAACGAAGAAAUUGAGAACAACGUACUGUUAUAUGCAAGGUAUUCAAAGAUAGGCUGAUAAUGACAAUUAUUAGAUAGUUAUGAAAUUAUAUUGAGGCAUAAUAUCGCGUUAAUAAAAAAAAUACAUGAUGAUUGCGUGAAUUAUAUUGAAAAUAUAAUUGGGGUAAACGCGCAUUUCGUCAAUUAUUAAUACUUAAAACUAAUUGAUAUCGUAUCAGCUUUGCAGAAUCCUUGUUUAAACUGAUCAUUCACUAUUGAAUACAAAGAAAAAGUAUCAGUUUGUUUAGUCUUGACACCACUCGAGCUUAAAAUAGUUAUCUCCUUAUUUA